AUGAAUAUUCAAUCACUCAAUAAUAAUAUCACCAAUACUGACAACUGGCUAAAACUCUUUGACUUUUGUUUUACCCACUUGAAGGCUCCAUCAACAAAAAUGAACUUAACAAAACAAAUUAAGUAUCAAUUAAACAACCCAAUCCCUAACAGCAAUGCCUUUUGCUCUUCAAGACCUAACUAUAAUCAUAACACCCCAAAUUUAAAGGCUAAACUUAUCAGCCGUAAAAUUAACGCAUAUAAUAUUAAAGCAGCUUUAAAUUUAGCAGUGUCCGAAGACAUCAUAUCCCCUGAUAAUUUGGACACAAUACUCUUAUUACAAUCUAUACAUCCACAAGAUUUUAAUAAAUUACCACCACCGCCUCUAUCCAUUCCUACUCCUCCUUUAACUGUCAUAGAAGUUACUAAGGCAAUAGUCUCUUUCAGAAAAGACUCCUCAGGAGGACUUGACGGUUUUAGAGCUAUAUACCUUCAGGACCUUACCAAAUCAACAACCACCAGCAUUGAACUUAUAAACAACAUAACAACUCUACUUAAUCAUAUUUUAAACGGCAACAUACCUUCUACAGUACAACCUCUUAUUCACGGUGCACGCUUAAUAGCCUUAAACAAAAAAAAUGGCGGCAUACGCCCAAUUGCUCUUACCGAGCGAUUAAUUCCCCAUCAGCUUGGCUUCAACAUACCUUCCGGUUGUGAGGCACCCUCCCACGCCACACGUAUCCAACUUCACUCCACUAAAAACUGCAUACUAAAAGUGGAUUUUAAAAACGCCUUUAACUCUUUAAAACGAGAACACUUUCUCCCUAUUUUCUGUGACGCUUUUCCAGAAUAUUCUCCAUAUCUUUUUGCCUCUUAUAACAAUUCAUCCUACCUUAAAUUCAACAAUACAAUAAUUGAAUCAAGGCAAGGCAUUCAACAGGGUGAUCCCCUUGGACCCGCCCUUUUUUGCUUAGUCCUUCCCUCCCAUCAAGCUUUCUUCCUUCUCAAAAACUUUUUCUUUAUCCCAAAAAUCCAACACGCCUUCCGCUCUGCCCCACUUUUCUUAUACCCAGAAAUUCUCACCCAAAUUGAAUUAACAAUCAAAGACUCUUUAGAAGGCAUCUUUGAUAUAAAAUUCAGCCCUAAUUCUUGGAUGCAGGCCUCCUUACCCUCGAAAUUUGGGGGUCUUGGCUUAAGAUCAUCCGUGUCACUCAGCCUUGCUGCUUUUUUAGCCUCAGAAUCAAGCUCCCGCUUAAUUAUGCUAUCACUUAACAAUAAUCGCACAGACCCCCACUUUCUCCACGCCCUAGCAAUCUGGAAAGAGAAUUCCUUCUCCGCUCCAAUCCCCACAUCACGAAAGCAACAUGACUGGGAUCUUCCCUUAAUACGCCACUCCGUUGAAUAUUUAAUAUCGAGUGCUGCUUCUAAGGGAUCCCCAUCAAUCCUUUCACAUUUAUUAUCUCCCAUUACAGUUGAUGAAUCCUUAACAGUGGAUCAUCUCUCUCUCCCACAACUGCAAGUUCCACAACUUUUGCCUUCCUUAUCGGGCUAUGAAUGGUUAGAAGCUUUUCCCAGCUCAAACUUAGGACUUCUCUUAACAAACGAAGAAUUACGCAUAGCAAUAGGUCUCCGUCUUGAUUGUAAUAUACUGGCCAACUCCACAUGUACAUUAUGUUUCCAACCCGUUGAUUGUUUUGGACACCAUCCUCUUCAUUGUCGAUUCUCUAAAGGUAGACAUUCUCGACACAGUGCAGUUAACGGCACCAUUCUCCGUGCUCUACGCUCAGCUCAAAUUCCAGCAACUCUCGAACUCUGUGGCCUUUCAACCGAGAAUAAUAUACGCCCAGAUGGGCUGACAUUAAUACCAUGGAGUAAUGGAAUUCUAUUAGCAUGGGACUAUAUAUGCAUCGACCGAUUUGCUCCCUCCUUUAAUAAGAACUCAUUCAUGGGAGCUGAAAACUCGAAAAUUAUUAAAUACACUUCCCUAACAAAUUGCAAUCUCAUACCAAUCGUAUCCGACACAACCGGGUCUUUUGGUAAUCAUGCCCUGACCUUCUUCAAAACCCUCGGUAAAAAAAUCCGCGCCAUCACUGGUGACCCUCAGGAAUGCUUCUAUCUCAGACAGCGCAUAUCUAUUGAUAUAUGCAGAUCUAACUGCAUUGCCAUUCAUGGCUCUCUUUCUUGA